AUGGACGGGUCUACGCCAUCCAGUCAAUCCCUACUUUUCCAACAACUUGCUGAUAAUGGCCGUCAAUUCAACACCACUGGGGGCAUCCAGAACAACAAUACAGGCAGUGGCCACCAAUUUAUCGCUGAAACUAUCAAUAUCGGUACUAAGCCCUCGUCGGCCCUACUGCACUCUCUGUCCUUCAAGGAGAUGGGCACUCGGUUUAAAGAUAUUAAAUCUGCCGCUAAGGGGACAUGCGAGUGGCUGCUUCGACACGACGAGUACAAGGCUUGGGCCACUCGCGAUCGGAGUUUGCUCUGGAUCCAGGGGAAGCCCGGCUCUGGAAAAUCGACCCUGCUACAUUACGCUUUGAAGAAUGUUAAUACGACCGCGGCUAAAAAGGACAAUACCAUCUUUCUUUCGUUUUUCUUCCAUAGCCGUGGAGGAGAGUUACAGAAAUCACUGCUAGGCUUCUUCCAGUCACUACUCCACCAGCUACUCCAGCAUCUUCCUGAGGCACCGGCAGAUCUUCAAACCGACUUCGACGAAAAAUGCAAGAACUACGGUGAACCAGGCCAACAGUGGAAGUGGCACUUGACUGAGCUUCGUGGCUAUUUUAGGUCUUCACUUAAGGAGGCGUUGAAAAGCCGUUCAAUCUGGUUAUUCGUUGAUGCGUUGGAUGAGUGUGGCAAAGACGGCGCGAAUAAAUUGGUAAAGGAUUUCAAGUCCUGGCUCCAAGGCACUGAUGAAGACAGCGACCAUCCCUCCUCUCAUUUCCAAUUUCGUGUCUGCUUCUCUUGCCGUCACUACCCUAUCCAAGUCCUCGAUUAUGGGUCAAUAAUCUGUGUUGAGGAAGAAAACACAAAGGAUAUUUCGACCUACGUGCACACGGAGCUUUCUUGGAUCCCGGACGACAUUCGAGAAAUAAUCAUCAGUCACGCCUCUGGAGUUUUCAUGUGGGUACGGCUCAUAGGGGAGGAAAUUGAUAGUUCAUUGGGACGAGGAGAGGACUGGGAAAUGAUCAGAAAAAAUAUCAUGUCUGCCCCCGAAAAGCUGAGCGACUUAUACGCCAGGCUUGUCCAGAGGAUGAAAGGGAAGAAGACGAAGUCAGACUCACUCAAACUGAUCCAAUGGAUUUGCUUUGCCAUGAGGCCCCUGUCGCUGAGUGAGUUGCGAUGGGCUGUGAUCGUAGAUCCCGAAGUUGACAGCCCACGGCAGUCGUUAGAAGCAUACCAGAGCGCGGACAAUUACAUAUCUGAUGAAAAAAUGAUGGAGAAGAAGGUCAAAUCACUCGGCUGCGGCAUUGUCGAGGUCAUGCAGCCAUCGCAGCGUGUACAGUUCAUCCAUCAGUCAGUCAAGGAUUAUUUCCUCAACGGGGGCUUAUCAACUCUAGAGGACGAGGCAUCGACUCAAAAGGGCAACAGGCGUGAUGUGGAGGGACGCGCACACUAUCAGCUGUCCAGAAUCUGUAUACGUUACUUCUUCAUGGAGGAGAUAAGGAUGGAGGUAGCUCAGACAGAAGCAGACGAUGACAAUAUCCUCUACUCCAAGUAUCCCCUGUUACAGUAUGCUGUGAACUCAUGGGUAUCGCAUGUCAAUCAAAGCGAAACGCAGGACAUUUCUCAAAGGGAUCUUUUGGAAUACUUUGAGUGGCCGUCAAAUAAGCUCGUAAAUAUAUGGUGGCAGGCUUAUUGCGCUUAUAACCCACACGAAUGGACGAGUUCAAUUAGCCUGGUCCAUAUACUUGCACAAUUCAAUAUAAUAGGACCACUCCGGAAAAUCCUACAACACACAAAGAAGUAUAUUAAUAUAAGGGACGACUAUAAUCAAACACCACUCUUACUUGCUGCUGAGCAUGGACAUGAGGCCGUUGUAAAGCUACUUCUUACAGCAGGCAAGAAUGAUACCACUGCAGAUAAUCAUAUCCGCCAAAGCCUGUUUACGUGGGCUAGAUCCAAAUAUCCUUUUGGUUCGGAGGUGGUUGAUGUUGAUGCAACAGAUAAUUUUAGCAGAACACCACUCAUAUGCGCUGCUGAGAGUGGGCAUGUGGCUGUUGUUAAGCUACUUCUUGCGACAGGCAGAGUUAAUAUUAAUAAAACGGGUUAUAAUAGCCAAACGCCACUCUUAUGCGCUGCUAAGUGUGAGCAUGUGGCUGUUGUUAAGCUACUUCUCGAAACAGGCAAGGCUAAUAUUAAUACAAAGGAUGAAUAUGGCCAAACACCACUCUCAUACGCUGCUAUGUAUGGGCAUAUAGCUAUUACUAAGCUACUUCUUGAGACAGGCAGGGUUGAUAUUAAUACAAAGGAUGAUAAUGGCAAGACGCCACUCUCACACGCUGCUAUGUAUGGGCAUAAUGCUAUUAUUAAGCUGCUCCUUAAAACAGGCAGGGUUGAUAUUAAUACAAAGGAUGAUAAUGGCGACACCCCAUUCACAUGGGCUAUCAGGAAUGGGAAUGAGGCUGUUGUUAACCGGCUUCUCGACACAGGCAAGUUAGACACGCAUAGAGAGUCGCCGUGGGUACGGAAACAGUUGGUGUCUAUGGGAUACUACUAA